AUGCCAUACAUUGAUUAUGUUGAUAUUCAAAUGGGAGAUGGGUUGGUUUGUGAUGCCUAUGUAUCACUGCCAAAGGGAGUAGAGCCAGGUGUCAAAGUACCGGCCAUAUUGUUUUUGAUGGAUGGUAUUGGAUUGAGACCACGUCUUGAAGAGAUGGCAGAUACGAUUGCUCAACAAGGUUAUUAUGUAAUUGCACCAAACCUAUUUUACAGAGCUGCUCGUGCACCCGUUGUACCUGAUAUUCAAGAACUGUUGGCGCAAGGACCAGAAGGACGUGAAAAGUUGAUCACAGCCAUCUUUAAACACAUAGUAACUCUUACACCCGAUCUAUUCUUGCCAGAUGUCACCAAAUACAUUGACUAUAUAGACCAACAAACCGAUUAUGUUGUCUCGGGUGCACCAAUUGGUGUUGUUGGGUAUUGUAUGGGUGGUACCAACGCUGUACGUGUUGCAUGCGCCCAUCCAACCCGUGUGGCUGCCUUGGGAUGUUUCCAUGCUGCCAAUUUGGUGACAGAUCAACCAGACUCUCCACAUCUCCAACUUGGAGCCAUCAAAGGUUGUCGAUUCCACUUUGGACAUGCCGACCACGACGACUUUAACACACCACAACAAAUCGCUACACUUGAAAAGACAUUAUCCGACUUGCACAUUGAUGCCUCAUCCGAAGUCUACAAAGAUGCUCCACAUGCCUACACAAUGAAAGAUAGUGCAAUGUAUCAAAAAGAAGGUGAAGAAAAACAUUGGGUUGAACUUGAAUCAUUAUUAACUAAAACUUUUAAAUCUAAAUAA